AUGGGCUACCUUUUUGAGGGAAAAAGUUGCAGUUUUUUUUCCUUUAUUUUUACAGCAUUGGGAAUGGUGCCACCUCCUGAAAAUGUCAGAAUGAAUUCAGUUAAUUUCAAGAAUAUUCUGCAGUGGGAGUCGCCUGCUUUUCCCAGAGGGACUCUGACUUUCACGGCACAGUACCACAGUUACAAGAAAUUCCAAGAUGUGUGCGUGAGCACUGCCUCGACGGAAUGUGACUUCUCAACUCUUUCCAAGUAUGGUGACCACACCUUGAGAGUCAGAGCUGAAUUUGCAGAUGAGCACUCAGACUGGGUAAACAUCACCUUCUGUCCUGUGGACGACACUGUUAUUGGACCUCCUGGAAUGCAAGUAGAAAUGCUUGCUGAUUCUUUACAUAUGCGUUUCUCAGCCCCCCAAAUUGAGAAUGAACCUGAGACAUGGACCCUGAAGAAUAUUUAUAACUCGUGGGUUUAUAACGUGCAAUAUUGGAAAAAUGGUACAGAUGAAAAGUUCCACAUUACUCCUCACUAUGACUUCGAGGUCCUCAGAAACCUGGAGCCAUGGACAAUAUACUGUGUUCAAGUUCAAGGGUUUCUUCCCGAUAGGAACAAAACUGGCCAGUGGAGUGAGCCUGUCUGUGAGCAGACCACGGAGGACGACACGAUCCCCUCCUGGCUGGUCGCCAUCAUCCUCAUCGCGUCUGUCUUUGUGGUCUUCCUGGUGCUCCUCGGCUGUUUCGCUCUGCUGUGGUGUGUUUACAAGAAGAUGAAGUACGCUUUCUCCGCUGGGAACUCCCUUCCACAGCACCUGAAAGAGUUUUUGGGCCACCCUCAUCAUAGUCACAGCACACUUCUGUUUUUCUCCUUCCCACCCUCUGAUGAGAAUGAAGUCUUUGACAAACUGAGUGUCAUCGCGGAAGACUCUGAAAGCAGCAAGCAGAACCCCGGCGCCGGCUGCAGCCUCAGGACACCCUCUGAGCGGGAACCCUAGAGCUCGUCAGCCAGGCACAGAGCCCCCUGCUUCUCACAUCUGCCUCAGCCAGUGAUCAGAGCGACAAACACGGUCCGAGACCCCCUGAGCAAACCCCAAAUCUAGAACUCCUAGACCCCGCACUGCGGAAACGACUGAGGAGCUAGACUGUAAGGGCUCACUUGGCAAGAACACUCCACCUCGGGAACUCACUUUUUUAUUAAAGGUUUUAACCAUCUUUUUUAAAAAGUUGGCCACUGAGAGUGUAAUUUUCAGCCUGUUAAGCUCACUAAAAUAGGACUACUUUUUCAUAGUGAGAAGUGGAAGUAUUAAAAUGAGGAAUAAAAAUGGAGAUACUUGGCAUCCAGGAGCAGGUAUUUAAAAAAAAAAAAUGGAGAUGCUGUAAAAUUCUACCAGACUGAUCUGAAAAACAACCGCAGUCCGAAGUGGAGAGCACAGUGCUGUACGGAACACAGACUUUUCGGAUUCUCUGGAAUACUUUGACUGGAUUUAUUUUUCUACCUAUGUAUGUUUUAUAUACUACUGGUGCUCUGUUAAAGUUUUACUCUCUGUUGACUCUGUAUGUGUUAAUGAUGCUAGA